CAACUAGACUAUCUACAUAAUAAUAUCCUGCGUCGCGAAGAUCGUCUCGACAGACACAGACUGCUGGCCCCUGACGGUCUGUUGCUAUGACAUCGUCUUGCUGGGCGCCUCACCAACAAAAACCAGCGCAAUCGUUCUAAUUGCGCCUCCUCGCCUGUCGUAGAAUGCGACGCCAAUUGAUCGAAACUACCUAUCUACUUCCGUAGUUGCGAGUAUUGGCGAUGGAACAACGCGAUAUCGAACAGAGCCGGCCGCAGCAGCACCCACUGGCCUCGGUCCCCAAGCGUAAACCAGUUGGAGCAACAGCGGCAGCACAGACAUCGCAUGCUCCAGCUGCGACAACGGCCCCAGUCGUGACUCCAGAUGACACCGGCGACAUCUCGCAUACCUACCGGGACGACAGCGAAAAGACAACCCCAAAAUGGGUCGCGUUGAGCGAAUUCACGAUCUUCAAAAAGAAGAUCAAAUUGCCUUUCGCAAAUAACAGACGAAAACGUCUAUUACUCCUAGGUGGAAUUGGAGCUGUCAUACUCGUGGCUCUGAUCAUUGGUCUUGCUGUAGGCUUGACCGUGGGGAAGAAUAGUGGCGUCUCCAACCUCCCCUUACCCACCUCGCAUGGUGGCCCUUACACAGGCGACCUAACCUACUACGACCCAGGUCUCGGAUCCUGCGGCAUCACCAGUUCCGCUUCAGAUUCCAUCUGCGCAGUAUCACAUCUGGUCUUUGACGCUGCCUCGAAAGGUUCGGAUCCGAAUCAGAAUCCGCUUUGCGGACUGAAAAUUCGACUACGACGAGAUGGCAAGAGUGUGGAUGUCAAGGUUGUAGAUAGAUGCGUCGGCUGCAAAGCGACUGAUAUCGACACUACGCGCAGUGUCUUUUCCAAAUUGGCCAAUCUCGAGCAGGGGAGGGUGACGGUCGACUGGGCGUGGUUGGAAAAUGCGCCUGUGAAUGUUACCGCAUGAGCAUUCUAUACUCUUGGACUUUUCUUCCGAAAUACGUGAUACCCCUAUGUUGAUGACCAUGCUUGCAUAUAAUCUAAUUUUUAAUGGGCGUCUGAAAUGUGU